AUGGGCUCUGCAAGAGCUUGUGCGUCGCUGCAUAGUGAGGAGUUUCACAGCUGUCUUGUAUUUAUUCAACAGGGUUACAAUUCUAUGGAGGCUUUUACCAUAAAAAGUUCCUCCUCAUCGGCCAAGGUCUCCGCAACCCAGAGGGGCAUUGACGGCUGGUCAAUGGAUUCAUCGAAGCCAACUACUGGUAUCCGCACAACCACUACCACUCCGAGCCGUCUGUGCAGAGCGCAACACGAGGACCAAUCAUACUACCUACAAACGGCUCAACUUCUCGGCAUGAAGCUGUCCACCGUGCUGGCUCUUGCCGGCCUGGCGAUGUCCUCGCUGACCGCCGGAAAGCCCAAGGUGCCCCUGCACACGUCGAGCCGCUGGAUCCUGGGCAGCGACAACCAGCGCGUCAAGUUGCGGUGCGUCAACUGGGCGGGCCACCUCGAGGCCAACGUGCCCGAGGGUCUGCACAAGCAACCCGUCGCCGCCAUCGCGGGCUGGAUCGCCGCGCACGGCUUCAACUGCGUGCGCUUAACAUACUCCAUCGACAUGGCGCUUCACCCGGAUCUCCCCGUCGCGCAGUCUUUCCGCGCCGCGGCAGUGGCCACGGGCGCCGACGAGGCCGGGCUGAUGGCGCUGCACGACGCCGCCGUCUGUACGAACCCGUUCCUUCACAACGCCACCGUGCUCGAGGCCUUUGACGCCGUGCAGGCGGCGCUCUGGGACUAUGGCAUCAUGACGAUCCUCGACAACCACGUGUCCAGGGCAUCGUGGUGCUGCAACCUUGACGACGGCAACGGCUGGUGGUCCGACGCACCCGGCGACGUCGACGCCAACUCGCGCUUCUUUGACCACGGCCGCUGGCUCGACGGCCUGCGCGCAAUGGCCGCCUGGGCACGCGGCAAGCCCGGCAUCAUCGGCAUGUCGCUGCGCAACGAGCUGCGCGCGCACGUCACGCAGAUUCCCGCGGCGGCGGGCGUCUGGCGCGAGAAUAUGCCGGCGGCCGCCAAGGCGGUGCACGGCGCCAACCCGGACGUGCUGGUUAUCAUGGGCGGCCUCAACGGCGGCACCGACCUCACGCCGCUCCGUGACCGUUCGAGGGACACGUCGGCGUGGGCCGGCAAGAAUGUCUGGGAGGCGCACGCGUAUAGCUUCACUAUUACCACGCCCGACUUUGGCUCGUGCAGCAUUCGCAAGGUCAACUACGGCCUGCUGUUUGGUUUUGUGCUCGAGCAGAACAAGGGCAAUACGGGACCCUUAUUCCUCUCCGAGUUUGGCGUCGGCAUGACGGGCGGCGACAAGGACGGCCUCAACGACAAGGACAGCAGCUACCUGACCUGCCUGCGCGAGUACAUGGAGGACAAUGACGCAGACUGGUCCCUAUGGGCCCUCCAGGGCACGUACUAUGUCCGCGACGGCAAGGUUGAUGCAGAGGAGACGUGGGGCGCCCUUGACCAUGACUGGAAGGACUGGAGAAACCCAAAGUUCAAGGCCAUGCUAGGCAAGAUGCCUGAAGUGACCCAGUUUCCCCGAGGAUGA